GUAUUUUGCAACAAAACGUGUAAUAUCGAUCUAAUAAUCGAUGAACUUCGGUGACAUUGUGACAAACUUCAGCAAUGCAGCAAAAUGCAAGAAAAAACAAAGGCACGAGGACAGUUGGAUUUCAAAAGUCAGCCUCAUUGUGUACGUGAUAUAUCAAAUGGUCUGGAAAAUGUUCCAGUUUGUCUUCACGAAAGUAUCAACGACAGCGCUUCAAUUACGUCUUCUUUUCAGUAUGUUACACGUGUAACGUGUGGACCAGGUGUUAAUGUCGACUUCGACCGGUCUAUGUACCCCGGCUGUAAUUGCCCGGAUGUGUGUGUUGUCAAAACGUGCCAGUGUAUUGUGAGAUAUGAAGAGAAUUAUGAUGAACAGUGUCGCUUAUUAAAGAUGGAGAACUCUGAAGGCAUCUGCUUACCGAUCUUCGAAUGUAACAGCAAUUGCCGUUGUGGAUUGUCUUGCAUUAACCGUAUUUCGCAGCAAGGUUUGACGUUCAAUCUAGAGGUGUUUGACACUGGCAACAGAGGAUUGGGAGUGAGAACACUAGUUCCCAUCCUUCGAUAUCGUUUUAUUGCGCAAUAUACAGGUGAAUUGAUACGAUACGAGGAAGCUAAACGAAGAACUGCUGACAUUUGGGGUAAAGCAAGGUCAAACUUUCUAUUGGUUUUGAGAGAGCAUGUUGCAGGGGGUAGCGUUCUCAAGACUCAUAUAGAUGCUGUGCGUUACGGCAGCGUAACAAGAUUCUUUAAUCACUCUUGCAACGCAAAUACGGUUAUAUUUCCAGUUCGUCAUAAUUCUGUAGUUCCUAAACUUUGUAUUUUUGCCGCCCGCGACAUUGAAAGUGGAGAGGAGCUGACUUUUAGCUAUGGGGAUACUUUAUCUAAACACGACAGUGACAACUAUAGUUUGGAGAAGGAUAAGUUUGCAAGAUCGAGAAUAAAAUGCUUAUGUGAAGACAAGAAAUGUGUUGGCUUUUUGCCUUUUGAAGCGUCUUUAUACGACCAAUAAAAUGAAAAGUUUGUGAUAAUAGUCCACACAUUUUGGUUACUUUGAAAAAAUUUUUGAUUAAAAAAUUUAUUAUGAUUAA